AUGAACACACAAGACUCGAUCUCUAUCAAGCGGAGACUCACCGAAUGCGAUGACAGCGGGAUUGAUGCUCUUACACGAGACACGGAUGUCUGGCUACCUGACGGGAACAUCGUGGUCAUCGCGCGAAACACCGGAUUCCGUGUGCACAAGAGCAUUUUAGCCAUUCACUCUGAAGUAUUCCGCGACCUUUUUCUCCUUCCACCUUCUGCCGCCGAAGAGGAGACCUUGGACGGCUGUCCAGUCGUUUGGGUCUCUGACGACCCAACUCAUCUCCGUCGUCUCUUCCUUGUACUAUGCUGUGGCAAGAACUAUUACUACGAGAAUGAUGAGCUAGUACCCGUGCAAUUCGAUGUGCUAUACUCGCUCAUCAAUAUGGGUCACAAGUAUGCCAUACCGAGCAUUCUCAACGACGCGCUCUCCCGGCUGAAGAAGUAUUACCCUUCUGACUUAUCUGCCUGGGAGAACUAUCCACAGCGCGCUCGAUAUGUUACCAUCAGGCCACCUGAUUUCCUCCUCGCCGUCCAAGUGGCUCGCCUGACCAAUACGUUCUCCAUACUCCCAUCUGCCUACCUCGAGAUGUCUCGGCAUGCGGAACAACUCGUCAUGAUGCUGCCCGAAUUCCAUGACGGACAAUUGGGUCUGACCGCCGAGAUCAUCACGCAGGCCCUACGCGGAAAGGCAGCCUUGAUCGAAGGCGUCACUUCUCGUAUUCUCGCCAUCAGCACUGCGGUUCCUGCCCCACAAUGCCCCACUCAAAGCCAGUGCGCCCUGCUUGCUCACGGUCUGCUCGGCAGGCUCAACGUAAGCGGCGAGAUCGAGACCAAGCUGUCGUGCGAGGUUGCAUUGCAGCCGUUGUACGAUUGGUUUUGGGGAGUCGCUGCGAAUGCUUUAUGUGCUUGCUGCCAGGAAGCCUCGAGGCGAGUUGACGAGGAGAUGCGUCAGAGGGUGUGGAAGACCCUCCCGCAGCACUUCCGACUCGAGGUGGAUGGCUGGCCCGUAUAGGUGUUGCAGCUGGUGUAACUCUGACACGGACGCCGUGAUGGGCGUAUCCUCCUUCACGCCACUAGAUGGGCGUAUCGCCCUAGAGCCCCUUCUACGUCGCUACACUUCUUGACUUUUGUAUUCAUACCUG